GGGGAGGGAUGAGCAUUUGCAAAUUCCGGCUCCAGAGCGCGGGGAGCAUCCUACAACCCACGCCGGGCCGGCAGCAGCGGCAGGGCAGGACGAGGCUUCCCGGCUCCCGGGGAUCCCGAACGCCUCCUCCCCGGCCGGCCGAGCCCUGCCCGCGCUGCCGGAGCCGCAGCAUCGCCCGCAGGCAGCGCUGAGCACAGCCGGCCCCGGUCCCCGGCGCGCAGGCACGGGCAGAGCCCCGGGCUGAAAAGUCAUGACAGCUGAAAAGACUAUUCCUAUAAUUAAUGGCAAGCCAGAAGAUGCUUUGGACCCAGAAGCCUCAAGUACCAACCUCGUCCACAGCAAUGAUAAGAAAGUUCAUGAAAGAGGUCACUGGAACAAUAAGGUUGAAUUUGUGCUUUCUGUGGCAGGGGAGAUUAUUGGGUUGGGAAACGUCUGGAGAUUCCCAUAUCUUUGCUACAAGAAUGGAGGAGGUGCUUUCCUCAUCCCCUACGUGGUCUUUUUUAUUUGCUGUGGAAUACCAGUAUUUUUCCUGGAGACGGCCUUGGGACAGUUUACAAGUGAAGGAGGCAUCACAUGCUGGAGGAAAGUUUGCCCUCUCUUUGAAGGCAUUGGCUAUGCUACCCAAGUUAUAGAGGCACACCUAAAUGUAUAUUACAUCAUCAUUUUAGCAUGGGCUAUCUUCUAUUUGUUCAACUGCUUUACUACAGAGCUUCCCUGGGCUUCCUGUGGCCACGAAUGGAAUACAGAAAACUGUGUGGAAUUUCAAAAACUCAACAUGAGCAACUGCAGUCAAGUCUCUUUACAAAAUGCCACUUCUCCAGUGAUGGAAUUCUGGGAACGAAGGGUGCUGGCAAUUUCUGAUGGGAUUGAGCACAUUGGGAAUCUGCGCUGGGAGCUUGCCCUGUGCCUCCUGGCUGCUUGGACUAUUUGCUAUUUCUGCAUCUGGAAAGGAACCAAAUCCACUGGAAAGGUUGUGUAUGUGACAGCCACCUUCCCCUACAUCAUGCUGAUGAUCCUCCUCAUCCGGGGGGUGACGCUACCCGGCGCUUCCGAGGGCAUCAAGUUCUACCUUUACCCCGACAUCUCCCGGCUCUCCGACCCCCAGGUGUGGGUGGAUGCUGGCACACAGAUCUUCUUCUCCUACGCCAUCUGCCUGGGCUGCCUGACAGCCCUGGGGAGUUACAACAACUACAACAACAACUGCUACAGAGACUGCAUCAUGCUCUGCUGCUUGAACAGUGGCACAAGCUUUGUUGCUGGUUUUGCUAUCUUUUCAGUUCUUGGAUUUAUGGCUUAUGAACAAGGCGUGCCCAUUGCAGAAGUUGCAGAAUCAGGACCAGGACUUGCAUUCAUUGCUUACCCUAAAGCUGUCACCAUGAUGCCUCUGUCUCCUCUGUGGGCAGCUCUGUUCUUCAUGAUGCUCAUCUUCCUGGGCUUGGACAGCCAGUUUGUGUGUGUGGAAAGCAUCGUGACAGCCGUGGUGGACAUGUACCCCAAGGUGUUCCGCAGGGGCUACAGGAGGGAGCUGCUCAUCCUCGGCCUCUCCGUCGUCUCCUACUUCCUCGGCCUCAUCAUGUUAACUGAGGGUGGGAUGUAUGUCUUCCAGCUCUUUGACUCCUAUGCAGCCAGUGGGAUGUGUCUGCUCUUUGUGGCCAUAUUUGAGUGUGUUUGCAUAGGCUGGGUGUACGGCAGCAAUCGCUUUUAUGAGAACAUUGAAGACAUGAUUGGGUACAAACCUGUGUCGUUGAUUAAGUGGUGCUGGAUGGUCCUAACUCCAGGUAUUUGUGCAGGAAUCUUCAUCUUUUUCCUGGUGAAAUACAAGCCCCUGAAGUACAACAAUGUGUACAUCUACCCUGACUGGGGCUACGGCAUCGGGUGGAUGAUGGCACUCUCCUCCAUGGUCUGCAUCCCGCUGUGGAUCUGCAUCAAGCUCUGGAAGACAGAAGGCACCUUCAUGGAGAAAUUCAGGAAGUUGAUUACACCUAGCUCAGACCUGAAAAUGCGGGGCAAGCUCGGAGGAGGAGCCUACAUUGCAGCAAUAAAUGACUGCGAUGCCAAACUGAAAGGAGAUGGCAACAUUUCCACCAUCACAGAAAAGGAGACACAUUUCUGAAAGAACUUUUUUUUGGUGUUUUAUUUUUUUUGUAUAAAGAAAUAAAUAAAUUCACUUAAUUAUAGAGGCUGGCUUGUUUUGCACAGAAUUUUAUUAACCAGUUAAUUUUAAAGUGAAAAUUGUAUACUUGUUUAAAAAGUGAUUUUUUUAAAUUACUCUAUCUGUAAUGAUUCUGUAAAAGAAAAAGAAAUAGUAUGAUAUGGUCUGUUAGUGUUGACUUGUAAUAUGGUGAUUCCAGUCAAUGUUUUUUGGUUUUUUUUUUAGACUUUAGAGGGACCUGUAUAAUGUGCUGUAAAACUUUUCUACUUUGAUUUGUGGCAGGUGUAACGUUGUAUAGACCUUCUAACCUGUAAGCAUUUCAGCCCUUUUCAGCUCUCCGUGUGUGUAUAUAAAGGGAACCAGCCCAUCCUGUGGUUUGCUUGGGAAGAAAUCUCCUUUCAGGGCGAGUUUGGUGAUGCUGACGGCGCCUCAGCUGCUCCCACCUCCUUCCCUCCACCCUCCACUGGCUUCAGCAGGGCUGCAAAUGUGGAACGGGCCCAUCCUGAGCCACUGUUUUCCUGGAGAUUGGAUAGAGGCUGGUUCUGAAGGGCUCUGAAUUUGCUGCUGUAAGUUCCUGGUCUCUGACAGGAUGUGCUCCCAAACCUUGCCAUUCUCCUCCAUGGGUGGCUGCUCCUGAAUUUUGGCCGGCACUUCCCACUCCCUGGAGUGACCUGUGUUUGUGUGUGCUCCUCCAACAGGAGAUCAAGGUGAUUUCACAGAGCUGGAGAUGUUCUGAGAGGAAAAGAACAGGUUUAGGGCCAGGUUUAGGGCUCUCUCUGUCUCUACAACUCAUUCCCCUGCAAAGGAAUCCAGGAUCCUACAAUGCCAAUGUGUAGCACUACACAGCUCCUCUGCUGGCACACGGUGGGAUUUGGGGUGUCCUGUGCAGGGCCAGCAGCUGGACUGGAUGACCCUUGCAACUCAUGGGGUUCUGAUUCCUCCUCAAGGUCCUUUCCAGGUCCCCUCAGAUCAGGCAGUGAUUCCUCUGCCCGGGAUGGGAUGGAGGCUUGGACUGAAAUCACAGAGGAAUUUCUUUAGCAGAAGGUUGGGGUGAUGUCCUUGAUCUGUGCAGGAGUCCCGGGAGGUGAUUUCUGGGUGCUGCAGGGAGGGGUUCACACAGGGCUCUUGUGACCCCUCGGUGGCACAGAGGGAGCAGUGCUGGGUUUUUCAGUCAGCUCUUGCUCUGGACUGGUUAGGGUUAAAACCCUGGCUUUAAGCUGGUUUUGUACGUGGAUCCAGCCGCUGGACGGUUCUUCCAGGAGGUGUGCAGAUGCCCCAGAACGAAAACUAAGCUCUGGCUUAGGAUGUGGGUUUUUUACCUGAUAAUAUUUCAAACACUAUUAUUUGUUCUGGACAAUUUUUUCUUGGCUUGUUUUUGUUAUUUGAUGGUUGUGUGCAAAACCUGUGGAGGAACAGUGUCCUGCACUGCACAGGAUUUGGGGGCAGAGACAAGAGACAGCCCAGAAGAAAUGUCAUAAAACCUGCUGCUUUCUCUGCAACUCCAACCCACCGGAGCUCAGACACAGCACCUGGAGUUGUAAGAAACAGAAAUGUCUCCUGACCUUCUCCCAAGAAAAUAUUUCCCUAGAAAUCACUAAAUAUAUCUUAAUAUUGGAUAGAACUGUACCUGCAGUCAGCACUUCUCUGAGCUCUUGCUGUUGCUUCUUAAAAAAAAACAUUUUUAUGGAACUGCUUUGUCUUGAGUGACUUCAUUAAAUCUAAUAGAGCCAUUUCAUUUUUACUUUAUCUUAUUUGUAGGGCUAUAUUUUGUGUGUGGCAAGGCUGAAGCCUAGCAGAGGACUUCAAAUCCUCUAAGUCCUGUUUGCAUGUCUCCAUUGUGAGCUGCUUGGAGCAGGACAUUUGGAAGAAACCUGGAUUAAGGAAGGCACAGAGCCAUCGUUUCGUGCCUCCUUCAGAAGGAGCCAAAACUCCAUCCCAUGGGAAAACUGGCAAUAUUCCCAGAAUUGAAACCAUUGAUUUAUUUACAGUGAAGAAACUGAAUUGACAUUGACACUCUAAAAUCUAGGAAUUCACAUUUUUGGAAGUCCCAACAAAUCAGGAGUAUUUGUGGCCCCGUGUCUGUCCCUUCCUGGGCUUUCUCUCCAGGCUGCAGAGCCGAGGCCCCAGAGCCACGCGUGGUCAUGGCUGCUCCCGGGGAGGAUGGAAGGUGUUUUCUGAUCACUGAAGAGAGAGGCACCUUUAGGUUGCUCUUGGUCUGGAUUUCAGGACUCCUGAGAACCUCUGGGCUGUGCUUGGCCUGGAUUUCAGUGUCAUUCCCUUGCCAGUCAGGACUCUGAGGAAGUGCCAAGCGAUUCAGCUCCUGGGGCCAUCCGUGGGCACAAAGUGACCCCACUGAGGUGGUGCCUCGGUGGUUUUGGCACUGCAGAUGGGACAGGAAACUGCUGCUGACUUGGAGGGCCCCAGAGCAGAGCCAGGCGAGGGGAGAGAAUAACGUGGGGAUUUAUUAAAGCCUUCAGCAGGCACAGCUUGGGCAGCCACAGCCUCCAGGGGCUGCACCCAAGGUGGGCGAUGGGCACCAGUUUUUCACACAAUUUUCAGUUUGGGCCAUUUCCAUGUCAGGGGUUAAUGCUCCAAUUCCAGCUGCAGGUGAUGAAGUCAUUUACCCCCAGUCUGCUCCCCCCAGCUCACUUCUGUUUGUACUUUUUGGGGCUUGAGGCAGUGAGGUGCCCUUGAGAUUCAGGCCCAGAGAGGAAUUGUUGCAUCUGACCAAAAUGUGAGGACAGCAACUAGCACUCUGUGUGGAGUUUAAAUUAUGCACUAACACAGCACAGGAGUGGAAAAAUACAAAAGCAGAAAUCCCAAAGCAUCACUGGGAUGGGGACAAACGCUGCUGUAGGACAGAAAGUGCUCGGUGUGCUUUGUGUGAGUCCUUUGGUACCUGCCCAAGCCCCCAGGCAGCUGUGCCUGCCCGGGAGCUGCUGCCCCGUGCUGCCACGGACAUUUCACCUGUGCUCACGGCCCUGCUGCUGCUGGCUGCUGCGCUCCCUGGGCUCCUAAUUGCUCAUUUCUUUAACGCUUUACUGAUUUCAAAAACUUUUUUGGUUGUUUUUUUUUUUUUUUUAUUUUGUGGGGAGGGUAAAUUUCCUAAUUGUGGUUGGGGGUUUUUUUGAAAUUAUAUGAGGGGAAAAUGUAAAAAAAUCCAACUCUGUGGUGAUGAUUUUUUUAUGCAAUAAUAACAAACUGCCCUUUUCUGAAAUAUUUGCAGAAUUCUUAAAAAUAAUACAAUAAAAAUGAACAACCACUAAGGUUUAUGUAACAUUUUACACGAAGAAAGAUUCUGUUUGGUUUUGAAGGGCACAAGAUUUUGCCUACUUACUUUGUUCUCAAAAAUUAAAGGAAAUGGGCAAACCCCA